AUGGAAGACAACCAGAAGGGAAAUAUCUCCAAUAUCACUUAUGUGAUCUUGCUGGGAUUUGGGGACCUCAAAGAAGUUGGGACUGCCCUUUUCCUUUUGUUCCUAAGCCUUUAUGUUGUCACACUGUGUGGUAACCUGCUGCUGAUUCUUGCCGUCCAGAAAAGUGCACACUUACAUACUCCAAUGUAUUUCUUUCUGUGCCACUUAUCCUGUGUGGAUGUUGGCUACACAAUCAGCAUUGUCCCUCAGCUGCUGAGGGAGGUCGUGGCUGGUGGUGUCACUAUCUCCUUUACAGCCUGUGUAGUGCAACUCUAUGCUUUUGGGGCUCUGCUCACUGUAGAGUGUUUUCUUCUGGCUGUCAUGUCCUAUGAUCGCUACUUGGCCAUCUGUUGGCCCCUGAGAUACUCAGUGCUUAUGGACAACAGAGCUUGUGUCAAGCUGGCAGUUGGAUCAUGGAUUGGUGGUCUCCUAUUCCUGGGAUCUAUGCUAAUUUUGUUUGCAACAUUAACCUUCUGUGGUCCCCACAUAAUAGACCAUUUCUUUUGUGACUUCUUCCCACUGGUGAAGCUCUCCUGCACAGACACUGCAGUGGUUGAGAGGGUGGCCUUUGCUUCAUCAUUCCUAUCCCUGUCUCCUUUCCUUUGGACCUUGUUAUCUUAUAGUUUCAUUAUGUUCUCCAUUUUAAAGAUUUCUUCUUCUACAGGGAGAUACAGAGCCUUUUCCACCUGCUCCUCCCACUUGAUUGUUGUAUUUGUGUUUUAUGGCACCAUGGUUGUGGUGUACAUGACACCAGCAUCAGGAAAAACACUCAAUCUGAACAAGAUUUUAUCACUUCUCUGCACAGUGCUCACAACCCUUCUAAAUCCCUUAGUCUAUAGUCUGAGAAACAAGGGUAUCCAAAUUGCUCUGAAGAAAGGAGCAAAACUACACUGGUUAAAAAGUAACUGUGGCUAG